AUGAAUUUUGACCAGAAGGCGAAAUUCCUGGCAAAUGUUCACAUCAAUGGAGGCGAACACUGGACCCAUGGCCCCCUGAAGCAGAAGCCACUUGUGACUUCCCAGGGCACUGGGCGGGCAGCUGGCGUCGGGUGGCUAUUGGCUGGGGGCACGGUGGCCCCCAGGGGGCUCUGGACCCCCAGCCCCGGGCCACUCUGGGGAGGCGGGCCGGUUGGUGGAGGCCCGCCUGGAGGACCCAGGCCCAGAGCUUGCUUCCCGCCAGGGCUGGAGCGACGCCCUCCCGUCGUGACCGAUCUGGGCGUCCCGGGCCCCACCAGGUACCAGAUGCCAGAUGCUUCGGCGCGAGAGUCCUCCCCGCUGCCCCACCUCACCAUCGGCUGCCCCCAUGAUGCUGCCCCCACCGCACAGGGUGGCGGCUGCAGGGCGUGGCAGACCGUGUGGUUCCCGAGCGAAAGCCCCUUCACCCAGAACGCCGACUUCAACCGUGAGCAGUGGCCCUCGCCCGCCGCCUACCAGCCGCCCAGCCCGCCCGCCUGCCCGGCCUUCAGCUUCGGGGGCCGCCUUGCUCCAGGCCCCCCCGAGGCCCGAGCCCACUUGGGGAUGCUGCAGGCCUGGGGUGCAGGGCCGCGGGUCCAGCCCCUCCUGCAGGGCCCUCUGCCGACGGGGGACGAGACCGGCCCUGGCUCCAUCGCCUACGACAUCCUUCCCGGGUGCCGCCUGCCGGGCCCCUGCCCGCCCGCCCGCUUUCUCCAUGAGCUGCUCGCCCUGCUGGCCUCCUCCUGCACCCUGGGCCCGGCUGCCUAUGCCGUGGAGGACUGCUACAACUCGCGCUUCCCCUCUGCAACGGGGGUGGUCAUCCAAGGCCUGUGGAGACCCAAGUGCCGCGACACUGGCCCCUUCUGCACGCUCUUGAGCCCCGUGGGUGCAGCUGGCCCGCCCAGUUAGCACAUGAAACCCUGGCCUUCCGGGCCUGGGGGACUUCCCGGGCCUCCCUCUGGAACUCAGUGCCCCCAGCCUGGCCUUCUGAUCCUCUGGGCACCCCCGAUCCACCCUCCCGGCCGGCCGACCCC